CUGAGCCCGGAGGACCGGCUGCGCUCCACGACUUCAGUUUUAGUACCAGUCUUGAAUCCGAAUCAGUUCGGAACGGUUUAUUACAGCGAUAGUGAGUUCUGGGUGUUUGGACUGAUCCGACGUCAAGUUACAUUUGUUGCUACAGUUAUUUCCAAAUCGUUACUCGAAAUUGAACUAUUAGUGUUUGAUAAGCGCACGACAAGUGCAAAUUGAUCUGUGCUGUGUUCGGUGAUAAUACGGACUGAUUAGUGUAAAAUGUGAUAACAAAACCACAGUAAACGAAUUGUCUCAAAAUUAGCAACCCAGUGAAGCCCUUCAACUGAGGUAUCCUGUUUACGCCUAAAGCAUCUUCCGACAAUAUCCCGUCACAAUGAUAGUGGAACUGACAUUGAAGCAAAAGACGGCGACCUUGGCCUGCAUCACAGCUGUUGCCUGCGCUGCAUCAUUGGCAAUCGGACGGCGUGCCGUUCCGCAAACACUACUGUCCGGAAUCGUUAUGUAUCUGCUUAGCGGCGACCGGCCUACGAUGGUAUAUUCGAUGUUCCGGACACUUCCCCGGGAUAUACAUGCCAUCGUAUGUUUCCUUCGGCUCAACAUUGCCCUGCAUCGGCUGGAGAACCACAAGACGGUAGUGAAAGCUUUCGAAAAUGUCGCCGCCCGGCAGCCGUCGAAGGUUGCUCUGCUGAUGGACGAUACCCGGUUGACCUUCGGUGAGGUGAAACAGCUCUCGGAUCGCAUCGCAAGUUAUUUCCACUCGAAAGGAUUCACCAAGGGUGAUACGAUUGCGCUGAUGAUGGAAACCCGCACCGAAUAUCCGUGCGUCUGGCUGGGACUGGCCAAACUCGGAAUCGUGACGGCCCUGAUCAACACCAACCUACGACGGGAAACGCUGAGGUACUCGAUUGCGGUGGCCAAUUCGAAAGCCAUCAUCGUUAGCACCGAACUGGCAGGAGCACUGGCAGAAGUAAUAGAUCAGGAUGGAGUAAAAGGUCUUCCAGUUUUCUUGUACGGUUCCGAACUAUCUUCAGAUGCUACAACAUUGGAAGGAUUGCCAGACGCCGAAGAUCUGCGGCACGCUCUGGUGGACGUACAGAAUGUAGACUUAAGCGCUAUCUGGGAUGAUGUAUCACCGAGAGAUAAAUUAGUUUACAUCUACACGUCCGGUACAACCGGAUUGCCCAAAGCGGCUGUGAUCACCAAUUCCAGGUUCAUCAUGAUGGGCAGUGGAGCCUACUACAUGCUGAGUUUACGCAAUGACGAUAUCAUUUACAACCCACUGCCGUUGUAUCAUUCCGCGGGCGGAAUGGUUGGCAUGGGUGCAGUAUUGUUGUGCGGUUUAAGUAUGGCACUGCGGAAGAAAUUUUCGGCUUCUAACUUUUUCCUGGAUUGCGCCAAGUACAAUUGCACGGUCGCUCAGUACAUUGGAGAGAUUUGUCGGUUCGUUUUGGCCACUCCGACGAAGCCGUCUGACACGCAGCAUCAGGUUCGGGUUAUGUUCGGCAAUGGACUGAGGCCGCAAAUUUGGACCAGAUUUGUGGCGCGAUUCAAUGUCAAACAAAUUGCCGAGUUCUACGGAUCAACUGAAGGGAAUUCCAAUUUAAUGAAUAUUGAUAACACCGUCGGCGCUGUCGGUUUUGUACCGGCAUUCGCUGGAAAAUUCUACCCGGUGACAUUGGUUCGAUGUGAGGAAGAUACUGGAGAAAUUAUUCGUGGUAGCGAUGGCUUCUGUAUUCGUUGUAAGCCAGGAGAACCGGGUGUUUUCAUUGGGAAAAUCAAUCUUAAGAAUUCUCUCAACUCGUUUGUCGGCUAUGCAGAUAAGACAGCUUCAGAUAAGAAAGUGCUGCGUGAUGUAUUUGUCAAGGGAGAUAUGUUCUUCAAUUCGGGCGACAUUUUAGUGGCGGAUUUAUUCGGAUAUUUCUAUUUCAAAGAUCGCACGGGAGAUACUUUCAGAUGGCGCGGAGAGAAUGUUGCGUCGUUUGAGGUCGAGAACGCCAUUACUAAUAUUGCUGGAUUGACGGGAUGUGCUGUCUACGGAGUUGAUAUUCCCGAAAUAGAAGGGAAAGCUGGUAUGGCAGCAAUUGUAGACCCCGAAGGUAAACUGGAUAUGGAAAAUUUAGGGGCGGGUAUUCGUGCCAGUUUGCCUGUUUAUGCGAGACCUUUGUUCAUUCGUGUAUUGUCUGAGGUUCCCAUGACAACAACAUUCAAGCUAAUUAAGCGUGACCUUCAGAUGGAGGGUUAUGAUAUAACUAAGAUUAAAGAUCCCAUCUAUUUCCUACAAGCAGAUAGUACAUAUCGUCUAUUCAGGCAAGAGGAUUAUGACAUCGUGAGUAGCGGUAAGGGUAAGUUUUAGGAACCUCUGAUCCGUUUAAAGCGACUAGAAAACUAAUUUAGUAUAUGUGCCUGAAUUAUGAUACCAUACAAUUCCAAAUCGACUGAUAGUUUUGUUUGAUUUCUACAUUUAGCUCGAUGAAAAGAUCUAGUGUUUUGAAAGUUUUAGUAGUGAUUAUUUAUUUUGAAUUCCAUUGUUUACUAGGUCAUUUAUUGUUUGCCAUUACAAUUGUAUUUUAAAAUUUAAGACGUGAAAAUAAACAAAAACCAAAAA